CAGGCUUAUUGGAAAUGAGACGAUGCCCCACGAGACGACAGGCAUACUCCAGGUGUACUACAACAAUAAAUGGGGAAGCGUGUGUCAAACGGCUACCUGGAAUCAACCCACCGUACUCGACAUCGCAUGUAGGAUGCUAGGGUUUAACAGCCGCGGGUCGCCGGCAGUGCAAGUUGCAAUACAUCAACUCCCAUCGGGCGUCUCAAACGACGCAUGGACCGUCAACAUACAGCACAACUGUCCUGAUACGGUGACCAGCCUGUGGAACUGUAGCAGGACAGAACCCUGCUGGCUAACAUACGCCGUGGGAGGAAGUGGAGCAUGCUCUAACCUCAUUAAAAUCUCGUGCAAAGUAAACACGACGUUCCCUGACCUGAUGUCCUGUCAGCCGCCCGCGACAACCAUUCCCAACCCUACCACGUCUGGUCCUGACGUCGCUACAGAAGAUAGCCUCACGGACAAAACUCCUACAGCGUCGGGACACGAGUCGUCAUCUGGGUUUUCUACAGGUGGAAUCGUUGCUAUCGUUGUCGGGGCGAUUGCGGGUGUCGUCCUGCUAGCACUUGUAGCUAGCAAGCUUUGUUGCAAAAGAAACAACCGUAACAACCGUCGAAGGGGAAACGCUGCAGCUCAUAAUUCACAAAGGCGGGCACAACCACCACCUGUCGGAGAAACAAAUGAACAAUCAAGUGACAACAACCCCACUUCAGGUGAACCGGCACAGCUGCAGGAAAUGAGACAAGUCGGAGAGGCUUCCGAUGAGAGACUCAGCAUUGAAGUGAAGGAUGGAACGUCAGGAACGGCAGCAAACCAAACGUCAACAGAUCCAGAUUGUAGCCAGCCUACCGGCGAACCAUCAGCAUCAGAACCAUCAGGUCAAACGGACAGCCCCAAACGUCCUGGCAGCGCUAUGACACCGAUCGACUCAUAGUAGUUGAAAUCUUUACCCAAACGCUUCAUUCAGACAUUCUAUGGACUGAGCAGACAAAAUCUUAGCAUAGAUGGAUUCAACAGAAGUAGGCGGAAACAACAUUCAGACCACAGAAGAGACCAGACACAGACACUGACCAUCAUCCAACAGUAACUAAAUCAAUCAAAUAUUGACAAACAGUAAAAUAGCAGAACAUCAUAUGACGAUGAACAGAAGAGAGAGUAGUUUGUGUGCACCAAUUACGUUUAGCAUCUGUCAUGCGCUCAGAAUAUAUCGUAUGCAAAUCUUUAAAUCAUAUCCAUACUUGAGUAACUGGUUUUGGCGUCUUUUUUAGCAAUGUUUUAUAUUGAAGAUACAAUAACAAAGCAGUGCUGGUUUACCUAUCUGUUGAGGUCACAGUCCACACAUGGUUGGACUGCAACCUACACCCACACUGCAAGUAUGAACAUUUGAAGCAAACCAAACAUUUCAUUAUUUGAAUGUAUAACCGUCUUACGGUGUAAUACAAAAGCUUCAUAGGCACGCGGCGCGGAAGCAGCUUUACUACGCUGAACGAAAUGUCACACAGAACUUUUACACAUGUCGCUGAAAGCUACUCGUAAGUGUUCUUUAACGCUAUCCAGCAAAGAUGCCCCAACUUUUCUACGGAUUCCAUUUCUAACACGCUUAUAGCAUAGCAAGUGUGGUUUACUUACAAGUGUUACAUUGAUAUAAUGCUCUAUUUUACCUUUUUGUGAACUUUAAUGUGCAAGAAAAUACGAAAUAUU